AUGGAGCUGCGGGCCUGGGUCCUGCUCUGGAGACUUGUGCUUCUGCAGAGUUCUGCCGUCCUUCUGUCCUCAGGGCCAUCUGGGCCCGCGACCUCCGACAGCUCCGUGGUGUCCGAGUCCGCAGUAAGCUGGGCAGCAGGCGCCCGGGCGGUGCUGCGCUGCCAGAGCCCGCGCAUGGUGUGGACCCAAGACCGGCUGCACGACCGCCAGCGCGUCGUCCACUGGGACCUCAGCGGCGGCCAGGCUGGCGGCCGCGCGCGCCGACUGGUGGAUAUGUACUCUGCGGGCAAGCAGCGCGUGUACGAGCCGCGCGACCGCGGCCGCCUCCUGCUGCCUCCCUCCGCCUUCCAAGAUGGCAACUUCUCGCUGUUCAUCCGGGCGGUGGAGGAGACUGACGAGGGGCUGUACACUUGUAAUCUUCACCACCAUUACUGCCACUUCUACGAGAGCCUGGCCGUGCGCCUCGAGGUUACCGACGACCCCCGGGCCGCCGGCGCGCACUGGGACGGCGAGAAAGAGGUGCUGGCUGUGGAGCGUGGCGCGCCUGCGCUGCUGACGUGUGUGAACCGCGCGCACGUGUGGACCGACAAACACGUGGAGGAAGCGCAGCAGGUUGUGCACUGGGACCGCCAGCUGCCUGGGGUGCCGCACGACCGUGCGGACCGCUUGCUCGACCUUUACGCGUCCGGCGAGCGCCGCGCCUACGGGCCGUCCUUCCUGCGCGAUCGCGUGGCGGUGGAGGCGGACGCGUUCGCGCGCGGCGACUUCUCGCUGCUCAUCGACCCGCUGGAGCCGGCAGACGAGGGCACUUACUCCUGCCACCUGCACCACCACUACUGCGGCCUGCAUGAGCGCCGCGUCUUCCACCUGAGAGUCACCGAGCCAGCCGCCCGGCCGCCCCCGCCCCCGCGGGACUCCCCGGGCAAUGGCUCCAGCCACAGCGGCGCGCCCGGCCCAGAUCCCACGCUGACGCGAGGCCGCAGCGUCAUCAACGUCAUCGUCCCCGAGGGCCGGGCCCACUUCUUCCAGCAGCUGGGUUACGUGCUGGCCACCCUGCUGCUCUUCAUCCUGCUGCUCAUCACGGUCGUUCUGGCCACCCGGCAGCGCCGCCGUGGAGGCUACGAAUACUCCGACAAGAAGUCCAAGUCAAAGGGGAAAGACAUGAACAUGGCAGAGUUUGCUGUGGCCUCCGGGGACCCGGCUCUUUACAGGAGUGAGGACAUUCGACUAGAUUACAAAAACAACAUCCUGAAGGAGAGGGCUGACCUGGCCCACAGCCUCCCACCUGCCAAGAACAUCGACUUGGACAAAGAGUUCAGGAAGGAGUACUGCAAAUAA